CAGCUCCGGACGGGACUCCCACGCUGCUGCUGUUUUCUCCCUCCAAACCUCUCCGUCUCUUCCCCCAUCGACUUUUGCACAACUUUGUUACAUGUCUGCAAAAGUCCCGAGCCAUAUACGAGUUGGCUGCAUGGUUCCAUGAAAGUUUCAUGGACUUGGAUUUUGGAAACGUUUUAGCGACGCUUUAUUGGAGCUCGACGCCUCUAUAGUUUACUGUGGAUUACUGACAUACCGCAGGACCAUUGGCAGCUAUUUAUUGGGGAUUUCUCGCGUGUUCUCUACAGAGGUCUGAGCCCAAAAUGGGGAGCAAAGCCCUGCACGCUCCGAUCCCCCUGCACCCGGCCCUUCAGCUCACAAAUUACUCCUUCCUGCAGGCCGUCAACACUUUCCCCGCCGACCAGCUGCAGGGGCUGUACGGCCUCAGCGCGGUGCAGACCAUGCACAUGAACCACUGGACUCUCGGCUAUCCGCACAUGCAGGGACUGAGGUCGACCAUCACGGCGGCCGCCCAAGGUCUGGUUGACCCCAGGAUUCCUUUCCCGGCGCUGCCCUUCACGGCGGCAGCGCAGCUCCUCCAUCCCAAACAAGCCUCGGUUGCGCACGGCGUGCCCUCGCUUCACAAGGACAGGCCGAGGUUUGACUUUGCCAACCUGGCCCUGGCCGCCACGCAGGAGGACCCGCCGAAAGCCGCGGACCUGGCCAAGCUGGCGUCGGGACUCGGGGGGACCAUCUCGGAGCUCAGCAAGCUCUCCCCGGACCGAAAACCCACGCGCGGCAGGCUCCCAUCCAAGACCAAAAAGGAAUUUAUUUGCAAGUUCUGCGGCCGGCAUUUCACCAAGUCCUACAACCUCCUCAUUCACGAGAGGACCCACACAGAUGAGCGGCCCUAUACCUGUGAUAUUUGUCACAAGGCCUUCAGAAGACAAGACCAUCUCAGAGACCACAGAUACAUCCACUCCAAGGAAAAGCCAUUCAAAUGUCAAGAAUGUGGAAAGGGUUUCUGUCAGUCGCGAACUCUAGCCGUCCAUAAAACCUUACACAUGCAGACAUCAAGCCCUACAGCUGUGGCCGCUGCGGAAAGGUGUUUCGGCGCAACUGUGACUUGCGACGGCACAGUUUGACACACAGCCCACAUCAGGACUACUAACCUGGACAAACUAAACCAAAAAAAAAAAAAACGGACAAAAUGAAGAGAGUUCAUUCAGCGACUUUUUUCUUGUCCCAGAGACUCUCCAGUUGAGGAUACGUUCACUGCAGCACAUUUAAAGUGAGGGAUUUUUUCUUUGCGCAUCAAGUGGAAUAACCAUGACCAUGUUCAAAAAUUCACCACCACCUGUAAAUACCAAGAGACCAUGUACAUAUGUUCUUUUUUUUUUUUGGGACCUUGAAAUGAUAAAGUUGUCAAAAACUUAAGUUUAAAAUAUGUUAAAAUGUAUUUUAGAAAUAAAUAUUUCCAUGAUACA